ACAACAACAGCUGCGAGGAGCACCUGGGCUGGGCUGCCAUGCAGCAAGCAGGCUAGCAGGCACAACAGCAUUAGUGUGGGUGGAGUACUUGGACAUGGACACAUAUUCCAGACACUGCAAUCAUCAGCUUGAGGCAAGAAGGACGAGAUUCUUACUCUACUUUCAUCAUCCAUUAAAACCCAUCGUUUUCGGGCUACAUGACAUUUGAUCUGGAGUUCCGGAUUCACCGGUGCCGCGCAUUCCUCCGCCACGCCCUCCCAGCCUCAAGUAAUGCAAUGCAUCCCCCCUCGUCGCCGUCUUUAUAAGCCUAGCCUAGCUAGCUAUACGUCGACAGCCCACCGCCGCAUCACCAGCAGGCAUUCAUGAUGAUGCAGAGACAGCGGCGGCAGCACGGCAGCUCCGGCGAGCUCGACGUGUUCGGCGCCACGAGCUACUUCGCCGGCCUCCCUGACUACUGUCCUCCUCCCAGUGGGCCUGCAGCAGACCGCCGGCUGAUGAUCCAAUUCCUUGCUGCUAAUAACAAUCAGGUGACGGAUGGCACGAGGACGAUGAUGGAGGACGAGCAGCUUGGUGGAUUGCAUGGCGAUGAGGGGCACACCCAGCUGGGAGUAGCCAAGCCUUCAGAAGGUAACAGCAAGCUCGCCGCCCUCUUGAGAGUAUUCAUGGCUUCGCCGUCACAGAGAGCUCGCAGCAGCUUUCGCAAGGAGCCGCCGCGCACUGAUGAUACGCUGCCGGCAGCAGCAGCUGGCGACGAGCCGGCUAAGGCGUCCUCCUCCUCCUCGUCGUCGUCGUCCUCCUCGCGCGAACUGCAAGUGGUUAUUGAUCUGGGCGUGGCGACGGGGGAUAGGAGGUUGCAGGGAGUCAAGGUUGUGAGGGGCGGCGGGGACGGGGAGAGGUGGGUGGUCAGGUGCGGCGCUUGGGAGGAUGCGGAAUCAGGUGGUGAUCCUGCUAAGGACGAUGAGGUUGAUGAGGAAGGAGAGGGCGGUGGCAAUAAGCCUGCAGCUGGUGACUGGGAGAGUGACUCUAGUUCUGAUCUAUUCGAUUUGGAUCUUCAGUAGUACACAUGUUGAUCUUAUUUCCACGCACUUAGAUUGUGGGAUGAGAUACACAAUUAACUUCUUAUAAUACUAGCUGGCAAGGAUAGUAAUUAAGGCUGCUGGCUAGCGUGUAAUUGUGUAAACUGAAAAUGUGCAUGAAUAAUUGUUGCUCUGUAUCAUGUGCACUCAUGCCUCGUUUACUGUCAGGACUCAAAUGAUGAUUCAGUUAAGCUCA